AUGCGGCCGCUCCUAUCAUCCCUCACAAACCCAUCCAUACGCACACGGCGCCUCGCAACCUCGACCUUCUUCAUGGCCACGUUUGCUGCGUCGAUCCUGACCGUCUCACUCAGCGCAAGCACCAUCCUCCCGUGUCCUGCCAACUCGCGCUCCAAGACGCGCGGCACCCUGGCCGACUCGGACCAUGUCACCGCAUCAUCAUCACCAUCACCACCAGCAGCAGAAGCAGAAGCAGCAGGAGGUGGAGAGCAAGGAGGCUGGCAUUCGGGAGCAGCAGUAGGCCAGAAAGUCAUCCUCACACGCAAGGGCGGGUGGAUCGAAAUCGAUCAGCCCCUCAAACCGGCUUCUUCUUAG